CCUCUCUCCUUUCUGUAACGUGAAGGAGGUCCUUUUCUUUCUCUCUUCUGCAACCCCAUUCUCUCUUCCUCUGCUGAGCUCACUCGAAGGCCUCCCCUCCUUCUUCUUCAUCACCUUCGGCCUCGCCUUUCCGACUCCGGCUCCAGAAACCGCCUGGAUCGGGUUCCGAUUUCGGGCUCGGACGAUUUUGAUGGGGGAAGUGAUUUCCUUUUGGCGGCUAAAAAUUGAAUCUUGACUUCCCAAACACACUGAAAUUCCAGUGCAGACGCUCAUUCUCAUCGGCUUUCGUAGCUUCAUCUGCUAAACCCAUCUUCUCUCUACGAGCUUCCCUCGGAAACUCUCGACACCCUGAUGGCACGGUUGCCGCCGUUGAGCUUGCACAAGUUGCUAGACGAGAUGCCAGAAGGGAAACGGGAUGAGUAUGUCUCGGAUGGUACGAAUUGCCCAAGGAAUCCAAGCUUCAAUGAUGCGUGGAGGUCACUGUGCCAGCAGCGCUGGAGGUUGAAACUUGCCAUGCAAAAACCGGUUGAUUGGCAUGAUGCAUACGACGGGUUGUUCUUUCAGAAGGGCGAAGACGAAGCAGAAGAGGCCGCAUUGCUCCGGUCGCUUUCUGGGCUGCGCUGGCAGGAGCUCCUCGACCAGAAUCAACCAGCUGAUUGGCAUCAGGCAUAUUGUCAUACGCACUUACAGAAUUGCCUAGACGAAGCAGCAGAGGCUCUAGUGCGCCCGUCCUUUGAUGGGAAGAUGGGCGAAAUAAGAAUCUCAGAUCAUAUCUUGGAAUUUCUCGGUUGUAAGGGGCGAACUGAUACUUCUACAUCCAAGUUCUCGCAACUUUAUCAGCACUGUGAACGUUUUGCACCCUGCUUGAGAAAUCUGAAACUUCGAGAGGUGCUGUGCGUUGAAGAAACUUGUCAUCUAUUGAAGAAUUCUAGAUUGGAAAGUUUGGCACUUUGGGGGAGCAGAACGAGGAAGCAUGUCCGUGCCUUACGCCAACUUGCCUUACGCCAACUUCUGCUCCAGAAUCGUGAAACAUUAACAUCCCUUCACUUUAUUCACUGCCAGCCUCCUUUACCUUCUGUAUUAUCGUCAUUUCUUUCAUCUACAAGGUGCUUGCAUUCACUGCAAUUUGAUAACGUCCAGCUGGACAGAAACUAUGCUGACCUGAUAUUUACUACACUUCUCGAUGCUUCGUGUGACCUAUCCGUCCUCGAUCUCUGUAACAAUGAGAUAUCAGGAUGCCUUUCUAGUUUCACCUGGAUAUACGAAGGUACCGGAAUCUCAUCUACGGAAGCUGCCAAACCAUUUGCUUCUUUACGUGUGCUCAAACUGAGGAGAAAUGAUCUUCACGAACAAGAUGCAGCCGAUCUGAGGCACGUUCUUGUUCACAUGCCUGCCUUGCGGACAUUGGAUUUAAGUGAGAAUCCAAUUGGCGAUGAUGGGCUUAGGCAUCUAAUUCCAUUUUUGGCCGAGGCAUCUGGAAAAAGCUUUUCCUUGGCUGCCUUGAGUCUGGAAAAGUGCAACCUUUCAGCUAGUGGGGUUAUUGAAUUGCUAAACGUCCUAUCAACAUUAGAUGAAUCACUCAGUUCUCUUUCUAUUUCAAAUAACAAGCUUGGCAGCCAUGUAGCGGAAGCCUUGGUGAAGUUUAUGGGUACAUCAGUUGAAGUACUCAAGAUAGGUGCUGUUGAGUUGGGUUCAUCUGGCUUUCGACAGCUACAAAAAGUGACGCACAACAAGCUUCUCAAAAUUGAUAUGAGGGAAAAUGACGGUGGGAUUGAAUCGGCGAAAUUUUUGUCGAAGCUCCUUGAAUGCGCGCCGGAGCUUCUUGCAGUCGAUGCUGCAUACAAUAUUAUGCCUCCGGAAUCUCUCCCUAUCAUAUGCUCGGCAUUGGAAGCUAUGACAGGUAAUCUUGUGCUCCUGAACUUGAGAGGACAUAAUUUCGACAAACUUGCCAAUGAUGCUAGCGUGCUUGUUGAUCUUGAGCGGGAUGGAAGACUUCGUAUAUAGACACCCCGAUGAUGAUGAUGAUCGCCUGCCAAAUGUGACAAUUGGGUACUCUUGGAUUGCUGUUGAGAGUAUGAGAGACUACAUUUGGUCUUAUCAGUCAUCUCAAGCGGCAUCGCCGUUUUUAGGGCUGUACAGAGAGUUUUUAACUUAACAGGCACCGGGUUUUUAUGGCCAAUACAAGAUUCGAGCAACUUUUUCUUUUCGCCUUAUGGAGUAUGAUUAGCUGGACUAUCUGUGAGCUUUUGACUAUCUGCUGUGAUGCAGUUGGAGUAUCUUUGGCAAUUCUAACUCGUCCAAUUGCGCGAAUUCUGUAAGAUUUCUUGAUCGAGAACUGUCUGGCCUUCGGUGAA